AUGUCGUCUCCAUUCGCUCAGCGCCAAACCACCGAGAGAGCAGAUGAAGAGAUUCCUUUGCUCAAGAACUUCAAAGAUCAGCAAUCCCAUAUUCUACCACGGAAGGAACUCCUGGUAGUUUUCUCUGCCUUGGCAUUGAUUUAUUUCACCUCGUUUCUGGACCAGACCGCCCUAUCCACCUCCCUACCUGCCAUUGCGGCGGGACUAAAUAUUGGAUCAUCUAUCUCAUGGGUUACCGCCAGCUUCCUCACGACGAGCACGAGCAUCCGGUUAAUCAAUGGUGUCCUGUUUGAUAUUUUUGGUCGCAAAAUAUAUCUCCUUGGAGCAUUGGUACUUAUGGCGCUGGGGAACCUGCUAUCCGGCUUCUCUCAGACACCUGCACAGCUAUAUGCCACAAGAGCGUUCAGUGGUCUGGGAGCCGAGGCUAUUAACGCGCUUGUACAGAUUUCUAUCUCGGACAUUACUACCCUGGAGUAA